AUGGCUAUUGCUAUGGCUUUAUGCGGAGGCAUCGGAAUCAUUCACCACAACUGUACCGCUGACUACCAGGCCUCGGAAGUACUCAAAGUUAAGAAAUACAAGCACGGCUUCAUUCGGGACCCCCUGGUGUUGGGGCCCAACAACAAGGUGUCUGACGUACUGACCAUCAAAAAGGAAAGGGGUUUCGCCGGCAUUCCGGUGACAGACACCGGCAAACUCGGCGGUAAACUCCUGGGAAUCGUAACCUCGCGCGACAUCGACUUCAAGACUCAAGACAUUCUGAACGAACCCCUGUCGGUGGUGAUGACCAAAUCGCAGCUCCUGGUGGUGGGCGUCGACGGCAUUACCCUUCAGGAGGCCAACGAUAUACUGGAGAAGAACAAGAAGGGAAAGUUGCCGAUUGUGGACCGGGAUAACCGGCUGACGGCACUCAUCGCCCGGACAGACGUCAAGAAGCACAGAGACUAUCCGUUGGCGUCGAAGGACGAGAACAAACAGCUUCUGGUGGGCGCCGCCAUCGGCACCAGAGAUAGCGAUAAGGAAAGG